CUUCUGCUUUCGUUGAGCCGCACAUAUCCUCGUUCCCACCCGAACACAUUUUACACCCCCCACACCCCGCCCAAUUUUAUCCCUCGUCCAGCCAUACUCUCAAAAUGGCUUCCAACGCUCCAAUAAAUGGCGUAAAGGUCUCUUCCAUCGACGACCCCCAUAGGAUCAUCCGUGUCAUCGCUACUGAUGGGAAGACGAACGAGCAACGAGAGAUCGCCUACACCAACUGCAAGGUCAUCGGAAAUGGCUCUUUUGGCGUCGUCUUCCAAGCCAAACUCGUAAACGAGCCCAAGGAGUCCGAGGAUAUUGCCAUCAAGAAGGUCCUGCAGGACAAGCGUUUCAAGAAUCGUGAACUCCAAAUAAUGAGGCUCGUGUCACAUCCCAACGUCGUCGAUCUCAAGGCCUUUUUCUACUCGAACGGAGAAAAGAAAGAUGAGGUCUAUCUGAACCUUGUAUUGGAAUACGUCCCAGAGACUGUCUAUCGUGCGAGUCGCCACUAUGCCAAGCUGAAGCAACCCAUGCCAGCGCUUCAAAUCAAGUUGUACAUGUACCAACUUCUUCGUUCUUUGGCCUACAUCCAUUCUGUUGGCAUCUGCCACCGUGAUAUCAAACCACAGAACUUAUUGCUGAAUCCUGCCACGGGUGUAUUAAAGUUAUGCGAUUUCGGCUCGGCGAAGAUUCUCGUGGCUGGAGAGCCUAACGUUAGUUACAUCUGCUCCCGGUAUUACCGAGCACCAGAGCUUAUUUUCGGUGCUACCAACUACACCACCAACAUCGACGUAUGGUCGACGGGCUGCGUGAUGGCUGAGUUGAUGUUGGGCCAGCCGCUGUUUCCUGGUGAAAGUGGCAUUGAUCAGUUGGUGGAGAUCAUCAAAGUUCUUGGGACGCCUUCUCGGGAGCAAAUCAAGACGAUGAAUCCGAACUAUAUGGAACACAAGUUCCCGCAAAUCAAGCCGCAUCCUUUUAACAAGGUUUUCCGACCGCGUACCGCUCCGGAAGCGAUAGAUCUUGUCCAGAGGUUGCUGGAAUACACGCCAGCUGCGCGCCUGAGCGCUGUGGAAGCAAUGGUUCAUCCAUUCUUCGAUGAGUUGCGGGCCGACGGAGUGAAGAUGCCCAACGGCAGAGACUUCCCCCCUCUGUUCAACUUCACGCGGGAGGAGCUGUCUGUAAGGCCGGACCUGAUCCGGCAAUUGGUACCGCCACACUGUGAAGUGGAACUACGCUCACGAUCGAUCAAUCUGGAUGCAUUCGAGCCGAUACCUCUCGAGCAGUUGAAGCUCACGCUUGACUGAUGAUACUCAGGAAAGGGGAGCUGGUAUCUGAAGUGUGCGCACAACUAAUAUAUAUAUGUGGAUCGUAAGCCGGUUUUUCGACGGAAACAGGCUGUUGUUGUCACAGGUUUUG